AAGACGAUAAGAGAGACUUACUGGUAUAUACAAAGAUAUACGCACACUUAUGCACGCGUGCGCGGAUUGAUACGAAGAGCGGGGAUUGGUUGGCAGCUGCUCAGCGUUUCCAAAUAUGGGACAGUCUCUGCGGUCCAUUCAUAAAACUACGGGGCGCGCCGCCGUUGAGCUCAGUCUGUGUGUUACCCCUACGUAUUUAGUAGCCGCAGUACCACAUACAGCAUCUUAGUCAUAUAAAUGCUACCGCGCGGUUUCUCAAUUAUAGCUAAUAUCAUAAUGAAGUAGAUGAAUACCUUAACUUGAGUUGCGAUUCAAACGAAUUAUAAAAUAUGAUAAAGCAUUAUACAAUUUAUAGACAUAAAUAAGUAGCCAUUACUUCAAUAAUAACAGAAUUUAUUAAGUGUGUAAAAAGUUUAGAAAGUUUUCUGAAGAACUAAAUUAAAGUAAUAUGUGCGAGAGAAUCUUCAAUAACAAAUAAUAAUUAAAUAAUUUACAAAAAAAAUUAUUUUUUUUAAUAAUUUACAAUUAUUUUUAAAUAAAUGAAAAGUGUAUAAAGUGAAUAAUGACUAUGGAUGGUAUAGAAAUAUUAGGCUCUCAGCCUCACGUAGCAGCAGCAAGCCCAUUUUUAUUGCCAUCGCCGACACUUGGACACCAUCAUACAACAUUCAAUUUACAAGCAGUACAGUUGAGUUUUGAUGCAUGUUUAACGUAUAAUACUUCAACAGGAAGUAAUUCUAAUAAUACUUGCAUAAGUAGUGUCAAUCUUUUAUCCAAUUUAUCACCUUUAACAUCUGCACCAGUUGUAACUUCAACUUCAUCAGCAAAUACUACAACAGGAUCAAACAUAUCGGCAUUAAAUUCAAAAUCUUCUUCAACUUUGACUACAUUACCUAUACUCCAACAAUGCAUUACUUUAAGCCCUAUGGAACCUCGUCAGAUCCAUAGUCAAGACCAACAUCCAGAAAUGAGAAAAAAAUUAGAUAUAGAAAGAACUACAUCUCUUGACAAUUCUCAAAGUAAUAUUAAAAAACGACGUUUGCAACGUUCUGGUUUUGAUGCAAGUAACAAAGAAUGUGCAGUAGAAUGUAAAAAUGAUGCCCAAAAUUUGGACGAUAAAGAUAAACAAGGCGAUCUUAAUACUCCAGUUACAACUACCAGUGAUUUGCCUUCAUUCUUCGGACCUGCUACACUUGUCGAGCCACCACCUAUUUCAGGAACUGUAACUGGCGAAGAUCUGUCCUUGGAAGAGGCUACUCUAGAAAAUGAAACAUCUUGUAGUUCAGCAGAUAGGCAAAAUCAUAUGAAUUCAAGAAAUCAUCACAAUAAUAAUACUCACGAACUUAGUACGGAAACUACAAUUCAUUCUACUUCUUCUCAUACUGAUUCAACUCAAGAUAAUAACAGUCGAUGUAAUAUAUUACAAGGUGGCGUUAUUUUAUAUUCUGCACCAUCUGGAAAUCAAUCAUCAUCUUCGAAUAAUAUUUAUAAUGUACCAACUUUAAGAUACAGUGCUGUUUUUUCUGCUUCGUGUUCACAAGCGUCUACGAUAAAUAAUCUUCAUAAUCAACCACAUCAGCAACAAUCACAAAUUCAACCAAGUCAGGAACUUUGGGGUACUAUACCCUCUCCAACAUUACAUUUAAGUAGUCAAUCUUUUUUACAUCCAUCUUUAUCAACUAGUAGUUACGGAUCAGAAAAUAUUGAACUUUUACAAGUAGAUUCUAAGUCAUCUAUUCUUACGAAUUACGCUGAAGCUUCAACCCCUGUACAAGCAAAUUGGUUGACUACACAAGAAGAAACAUAUGAUUGUAAUAUCGCCACUCAUACAAUCCAACAUAUGCAUGAUCCAGUUCUCAAGCAAGAACCUAAUUUCGGAGAUUCUUCUUUUUCUCAAUCAAAUCAAUCAUUACAGCAGCAAACAUCAAACUCUGGUGUACAAUUAGCUGAAUAUAAUCCAAGUACUUCUAAAGGACACGAAAUUUUAUCACAAGUAUAUCAGCAAAGUAGCACUCCUCUUCGAUUAGUUCCCGUUAAGCCCAGAAAAUAUCCUAAUCGGCCUAGUAAAACACCUAUUCAUGAACGUCCAUACGCGUGUCCUGUAGAUGGCUGCGAUCGUAGAUUUUCAAGAAGUGAUGAGCUUACCCGCCAUAUACGCAUACAUACAGGACAAAAACCAUUUCAAUGUCGUAUUUGUAUGAGAUCAUUUUCAAGAAGUGACCACUUGACAACUCAUGUUCGAACACAUACAGGGGAAAAACCGUUUUGCUGUGAUCAAUGUGGACGUAAGUUUGCUAGAAGUGACGAAAAAAAAAGACAUGCAAAAGUUCAUUUGAAGCAAAGAUUAAAACGCGAAGCUAAUAGUAGUAAUCGUAAUUAAGUAUGCUUCUUUCGCUUUUUAAUUUUAUUAAUAUUGAAAUUUUUUAUGAUAACUAAAAUAUUUCUAGCAUAUUUUGUAAAUAAAUAAUAUUAAAUUUGUACAGAAAAAUAUUUUGUAAAUAUUAUAAACUUUAUUCGUUACUGUAUAUUAUUGAGAUGAAAAUGUAAUAAAAUAUAUCGAUAUCAUUAAUUGUAAUUUGUAAUAAAAUAAAUAUCAUCCAAUACAUUACAAUCCAAUACAUUACAUCUAAUAAAUUACAUCCAAUAUAAAUUAAAAGUUAUAAGUUUUCAGAAUAGUAUUCCACCAGACUAUGAUUAUAUAUUGAGUCAUAAGAAUAUUUUUCUUAAUAAUAUGUAAAUGAUUUUUGUGCUUUCAUGUUAUAAAAAGUCAUUGUAAAAUAUCUAUUUAUCGCCCUCUGAAUACAAUAAAUCAGCUACGAUAUACAUAUUGUA